CUUAGAACAGCCAAGUGGUGUUAUUGUUUACAAAUUGGGUGACAAAUUGCUUUAAAAUAGCGAUAAUUUUGGUUAAUUUACUCUCAUUUCCCCGCGAUUAAGCAUAUCGCUGUAGCAUUGCUUAGCAGAAGUGACUAGUCAGAAUGGACAGCCAAAAACAGAACGAAGAGAAGCUACGGGAAGCCUGCUGUUAUGGCGACAACGAAGCCGUCAUUGCCUUGGUUACAAGGGGUGCGAACAUCAACAGUAAACACGAGAUAAACGGCUGGACUGGACUCCACUGGGCAGCGAAGCGAGGGAAUUUGGACACUGUGAGGUGGCUGCUGGCUAAUGGGGCCGAUCCGAAGAUAACCAACAACCAGUCUCAGACCCCUGCCCAGCUGGCGACUAAUCCACUUAUACUGCAGUUAUUAGGUACGGACAGCGCGAGCCCAGAAGGAACAGCCUCAAGUUCUGAGUCCCUCCCCAUCACACCCGGUUACAUGGCACACCCCCCCCCAAUCAACCAGACAAGCCACAGCACAAACAGUCCCCCUUCGAAGCCGCUGACCAAUGGGAUAACGGAGGUGAACGGGUACCCUGGCACGGGCAGCCUCCCUUCCAACAGCAACCCAUCCACGUCCAGCUGUGUUCCUCGUCCAGGGAUGAACCCCACGCAGGCACAGGACCUAACUCAGAAUAAGCCUAAAGAGCUGGUGUUAAAGGUCCGCAUUGCCAACACCGACGACCCCGACUUCAUCGAAAUUGACUUCCCCAUCACGCACAUGAACUUCAGCCAGCUCCUCACUGUAUGCUGUAAAGAGUUGGCCGUUAAUCCUCAGAUGGUGGAGAGAAUAAGGAAACUACCCAACACCCGCCUUCGAAACGACAAAGACGUGAGGCGCCUGGAAAACUUCACCGAACUCGAGCUUGUCAUUAAAGGGCAGAGCAGGCCGGCCCUAACGCGAUCGGACUCCCACUCCACGUCUAAAAACAGCUAUCAGUCCAUUUCUUCCUUCAAAAACCAGACCAUUUUGUACUGAUCGAGGAAUUUUUUUCCAGGAUACGAUGUGUUCUCUGGAGAUUUUGUAGAAGAAAUGUGCUAAUUUUUGUUUGUAUAUUGAGUUUUAUUCAUUUGUUUUGUUUUUUUGUUAUUAUGUAAUAUUUUUGUUUUGAUAUGUUUAUGGAGAAAAAAGAAAACAUUUUUACGUCAGGGUGUAGAUGUUACAUUUGAAAAGAAGUCCAUUUGUAGCGAGCUUCCAGAUUACGUAUAGCAUGAAGAUUGUAAUAUACUUGGCUUUCAUUUAUGUUUAGUAAGUAAAUUAGAAAAUGAUAAAGAACAGUAACUUUAACGAAAGAGAAGUAGCAAGGCCUUGCUUUUUAUUGGUUUUACAUGUACAUGCAUAUGCACGCACAAACCCACACCCACAACCAUGCCAACACACACACACACACACACACACACACACACACACACACACACACACACACACACACACACACACACACACACACGCAAUAUAUAUACAUGGUUAUUUUCUUUCCUAUGAUUUUCUGUCAGUGUAAUGCAUGCUAAAUAGAUGAUGUUGGACUCUGUACUUACUGGGUAACUUUUUUAAAAUCAGAGUUUUUCUUUCAAUCUCUCAGUAAUAUUUGUUUUCCUUCUUCUUUGGUAGGGAAGAAUGAUGUAGGAAGAUUGAUACAGUAUUCUUGACGUAUUUUGUGCUUCUGUAUUCAUUUGAAUUGUGACUUUACUGAGCAGUGAAUUAAGUACCUUAUCAUUCCCUCGGAAAGAGGCUAUUGGAACAAAAUAUUCUAUUCUUGCCAGGUUUGUGAGUAGAACAGGAGUUACAAGAACUUAAUUUUGUCUUUCGUCUGUUGACCCACUCAAGAUCAGCGUUGCAUGGGUGUAAUGAUGAAAAGAUCAGGAGUAAACCAACCAAAGGGGUAAUGGUCACUGAUAAGUUACGUCAUUGAAAGUUAGGCAAGAGAUGUCAGGAAGCCAAAAACUGGAUAAGUGUUUAGUAAUGGAGUCGUGGCAUCUCUCAGACAGAAAAGAAAGAUACAGUGGUAGUACAUGGUUUGAAUAGGGUACAUUGUGACAGAUGUGUGAAUGAAAAUUACUAACUUCAGAGAGUAGGGUAUGCAACUGACCUGUUUUAGUGUUUCAUCUUUAUCAGAAUUAUGUGAUAGUUGUGAUAAAGACAUAACUUCAAAAUGCAUCACUUAUAUGUCUUGCUCUUCUGAAGUUAAAAAUUUUCUUUCAUUACUGUGAUUCUCAACACCUUUAACCAAAGCGAAGAGUGGCAUAAUAAAUGGAAGAAUUA